AUGGUGGUGCACACCAUUCGUGCAUGUUGUAUACUACAUAAUAUUGCUCUUGGAGAUGAAAUAGAAGUAGAUGAUAAUAUUGGAGAUGAUGUUGAUGAGGAAGAUAAUGGAAACAAUGAAGACGUGACUGAUGAUGGAAAUGGCCUCCAGAGGAGAACUUACAUUACCUGCAAUUAUGAGAGUGCGGAUGCGCCUAAAUUACGGGGCAAUGAGAAUUUGCCUCCGACACUUCGCGCGCUACUGACUUACGUGAAGUACACGGAAAUAUAUAUGUGGUCGAAUGGCCAACUGUUUCUCUACCACAAUCUACACACUACUGACGGGGAUAUUUUACAACCUUUCGAAUGUUGUCUGGAACACUCCGAAAGAGACACAGAAGCCAUAUUUUGUAUUGGACCGGGACCAAGAAGUGCAUUAGUGGUCUCUCAAAGACUCGUUAUUCAAGAAGAAGAUGUGAAGAAAGUGUGAAAUCUUUUUCAUCAGUAAGUUUUGCAAGUCAGAAAAU